GCAUUCGGGGGCGAGUUGGGGAGGUGAGAAAAUGAAGAAGGGAUGGAUUGCUUAUCGUGCUGAAGAGGGAUGAUUUUCCUGUGAGGGGGUUGUUCUGCGGUUUUGUGUCUCCUUGGUGCCUUGCCUCGAUGAAAAUGUGUCUCCCCAUCAUUUUUACGCAUACACAGGCGCGGAAAAGUCCGAGGAAGGGGAGGAAUAGUGGUGGGAGGCAGCGGGUGGGAGACAGCGGGGGUGGUUUCCUUGCGGACAAUUCCAACGAGAGAGGAUGGCUUUUCCAUGGUGGGGAUGGAAUUUUCAUGGAAAACAUCUGCGCAAGCGUCUCUCACACCUGAUUUUUCCUCCUUCCACAUUGCAUCUCCACAACUGUAUGGUGGUGUACAUAGAGUCCAUCUCAUUUUGGUCGUUUUUGGCGGUCCUUGUUGCUCGCAUGUGUGUUGCGUGCACAUAUGUAGCAUUGAAUGCGAAGGAUUCCGUGUGGUCCAGAGAGGACAGACAAAUCCCGACUGUGUGCGCAUAGAGUUUGCGUGUGUGUGUCGGAGAAAUCGGUCACACAGCAUCCCGAAGGAUGAGAGGAGCGAGAGUAUGAGGAUUCUCUGGAGAGGGGAGUGGACGCACGCUGGUCUUGGCAUCAUCAUCACAAGCGAAUUGUGUCAGUUCUGGACCAAAUGCAGACCGAGUUGCCACUACGCUUUGCAUUUUGUCCCUAAGUGUGGUGUGGACAUCGAAAAAGGACAUUCUUAUAAGGAAAAUUUUUCAAACGUGACCAAACUGCUAAGGCAUUUCUAAGGGACAAUCAAUCAAAGAAAGAGCAUAAAAAUAUGAACAUUUUGAGAAUAUCCUCGCAAGGACCUUUACGAGAAGUGAAAAUUGGUGGUGUCUGAGGAAAAUAUCUCUACACAUGGUGAGAUUGGGUGUGUAAGUGUCGAGAGGAGAUUCCUUGAGAAUUUUCCCACGAUAUGUGUGUGUGACUCGCUAUCGCGCCCCCUCAUCCUCCCACCACCCCGAAGAAGUACAUAAGGCUCACCCACCUUCCACCCCAUCAGAUCGUGAACUUCUCCGCGGAGGAAAUAUUUCACCGUGAGUAUCCGACGACGGAUCCAGCAGCCAGAGCCACUCGAGAGAGGAAGACACUGGCGUGGAGAGUGUGUUAGAGCGCCGUGUUCGCCGUGUGGUUCAGUCGUCGUCGCAGUCGUCGCUGUCUCGCACAUACACACUCUGGGCUGGCAAAGCGGGGACCGGUGGCCGGCGCUGGCUGGUGAUAUAACGUAUUUGCUGGUCCGUCCACAUUAGAUGCAAACGGACUGUCGCGAAGUGCGGACGCAAAUCCGGGGUUCCGUUACUGCCUCAAAAUAUCUCAAACAAAUAAUACUUAAAGGGACAUUUCAACCAAUUCCUUUCCCUCUGUACCAAGGGUGGAAAAUUAGACAAUUCUACAAUUUAUCCAACUUUUCGUCAAUAUUAUUUCAAACUACAAAAAUCCAUCUUCCGCGUGUGACGGGAAUUAAAUUUAAUUUUCUUCAAGAAAUCACAUCAUAGCGCAUUUUCUUCAAGUAUUUCAACUGGAAUUUUCUCAACAAUUUUCCACAAGUUUUGGGAGGAAAUCAGUGCACCUUAAUCAUGGAAUCAUCAAUAAUUUCUCAAUAAUCUUCUCCAUUCAGCUACAGUGAAAAAGUUUUUGGACAAAGUGUAUAGAAAGUUGAAAAGUGUUAAAAAUUUGGCCCAAGACAAUUUUCAAGGGACAUGAGAUGUUCUGGAUUUUGUGAUGGCAAAAGCAAUGCAAAGAAUGAAAAAUGUGGUCAAGAAUAGAAACUCCACAAUUUGUCGCCAGUGAGUAAUAGCCAGUGAAGUGUGUGCUAGAAAGUCUCGAGAAAUUUCCCAAGAAAACUCAAACAUAAAAGUCAAUUUAUCUGUGGUGAGAAUUUUCCGACUGAUAUGCAAAAUUGACAAAGUGAAGUUUCUCUUUUGGAGCACCCAGGACAUAAAUUAAGUUUAUAACAAAUAGAAAAACUUUCAAAAUAAUCUAGAAAAAUUUGCUGAGAGAAAAAUAUCACUAAAGUGCAAAGAAAUUUCCACCAAGAAAAUAAAAAAAAUUGUGAUAUUCACUAGAAAGGACAGCUUCCUAAAAAAAAUAACAUCCUAAAAAAUGAAGUUUGGAAAGUGAUUAAAAUUUUAAUGGACAUCUUCACGAAAAAAAAACAUUAAAAUGUCUUGCUCAAAGUACUUUAUAGAUUUUAAUUAAAGUUUUUCGUUUAAUCAGUUGCAUACAAUUUGUUUUAGCUGUUUUGCUUAAAUUUUAAGUUAAAAAAAAAGACAAAAAAAAACAAUUUAAAAGUAAUUCGUGGAGAAAACCUAAAGAGCGAUUCGCUAUAGGAGCAGAAGAAAUUUUUUGAUAACCGCAGAAUAGUUGAAAAUAACCAGCAGCAAAAUGAGAAUUAAAAUGCCAGCAGUUCGAAUUGCACAAGAUUCCGAUACAUCAGCAGACACACCUGAGGGAAGUCUUCAGGACAUCCUGACGUGUGGAUCGUGUCAGAAGACAUUCGCUCUAUCGGAUAUUGUUCGUUUCAUCCAGCACAAAGUCAAUCAAUGCAAUAAAGAGAACUAUGGGCAGUGUUUUAGUCAAGGUGGAGCUCCAGGUGAUAGAGAUGCAGACGAUGGGCGACCACUAAGCUUAGUGAAUACACGACGACCAUCAAUAUCGGCACCCAUUUCAGCGCGAAAACCCUCAGGAUCGCGCGUUCAUUCACCACCACUUUCAAGUCCUGCCGAACUCCUUCUUGGUGAUGGAGGAUCCUCGAGCACACCAAAGAAACUCUCAGACGACAAUGAUCCGACAACCCCAGUACGAAGGGCUCAACUUAGCAGCCCCCUCGGAUCGAGCAGCUUGGAUGAGGUCAAUAAAGCAGAUGAUGUUGAAAUAAAGCAAGAACGGAUGGACACGAGUUCCAGCCACGGUGAGGAGAGUCCUCUCGUGGACUGCAAAAAUCCUGCCAAGAAGCUGAGGACUCAAGUUGCAGAUGCAGAAUCCAACACAAUGAAUACCGAGCCUAGCAACUACGUGUGUUCCACCUGCAAGACGCGCCUACAUUCAGCCUGGCGUCUCGUGCAGCAUGUCCAACAUUCACAUGGAGUUAAAAUUUAUGUAGAGUCCUCACCGUCAUCUCUCCUCAUGUCUGCUUCCUCGCCAGCAUCUUCGUCUUCUUCGUCAUCGCUAAACCCCCUCAAUUUGUUGGGUGUGGGCACAACGAAGGGUAUCAAGGAUCUCAGUGGCAGCUCGACGUGUUCCUCAGCCAGUUCAUCGAGCAGCAGCACCCAACCGAGUCAAUCGGUCUCUGUUCCACCACCCACCGCAACCACCCAAGUUGGAUCAAGUCUCCCGCCGCCGGGGUUGAGACACCAUCCACUCCUACCACCGCCCGAUAUGCAUGGCAACCCCUUUGGACUCCUCCGAAUGCCACUGCCACCCCUAUCGCAGGGGCCCGUGGUGCCACCAGUGACACCACUCUUCUCACGACCCCACCCUGACCAUCAUUUUCGCAUGGAACAGCUUGUGUCUGAGCAAUUUAGACACCAUGGCAUAAACCUCGCCGCGGCGGCUGUAGCUGCUGCGAAUUCCCUCGCAACGCCACAUAGUACUGCCACGUUCCCAUCACCAUCGGCGGCAUCGGCGACAGAUACACGACCAGCCAGCUCUGGGGCACGUAGUACCAUGCCUUCAAGCUCCGCAACAGCACCCGGAAGUACUGGAUUGGGAGCACAUGAACCGCAAAUGGAUUUUUACUCGCAGCGAUUGCGACAGCUUGCCGGAACUACGAGUCCGGGAGCUGGUGGAGGUGCGGUUAACUCGAACUCGCCGAGUCCGCGCAAGCAAUCGCCACCAUUCGCGAGUCCCUCACCAUCCCAGUUGCCCCCAACGCCGCUAACAAAUACCAAUUCUCGGCCACAUAGCCUCACACCACCGGAAAUAAAGACUUCUGGUGGUGACAAUAGUACUGGUAUUAACACCACGACGCCGCGUUCUGCCUCUACGCCACCGACACAUCCAUCAGCACCCGACGCUGGGGUGCAUGCGUGUGAAUUUUGUGGAAAGAAGUUCCGCUUCCAGAGUAGUCUCAUUGUCCACCGACGCACCCAUACUGGCGAUAAGGAGCUCAAGUGUGCGAGUUGCGAUUUCACGUGUCUCCAUGCGGGGAAGCUGAAGCGCCACAUGAAAGUACAUCGUACACCAGAUGAUCAGAAGAGCAAUACUGGGAGUGUGGAAACCCUCGAUGGGGAGGAUGAGAGUAAUGAUGAACUCGAUGAGGAGGAGGAAUUGCUCAAGGAUGAUGAAGAUGAUGAAGAUCUCGAUGAUGGAGAGGAAUUUGAGGAUGAAGCAGAAGAUCUCAGUGUACCCAAUUCUAAGCUCCUUCUUGAGCAUCAUAAGCUCAUGAGUCAGAGUGGUGUAUCAUCAAGCUUAGUUGGGGAACUAAUGGACAAGUUUGGACUAUCAAAUAUUGCUCAGUAUUCGGAGGCAUACAAACAGGCACUCCAGGAAUCGGGUAAUGCCCUCAAAUUGCAUUUGACGAGCAAGGAUCGAGAUAACAACAACAGCGCUGGAGCCAUUCCUGGGCUGCAGGAUAAACUCAAUGGACUACCCGUGGCAGCACUGAGACUCCGUGAGGAAUUCACCAAGAAUAUGCUGCAGCAACAGUCACAGCAGCAAUCGCAGGUACCCCUAUUUAAUCCCUUUGAGAACCCAUUUGAGGCCAGUAAGAGAAUUAAGCUCGAGGGAGCUCCAGGACCUGAUGGUGCAUGGUGGGGACUACCCGGUCUCCAUCGGGGAAACUCCCUAUUUGAGGAUCUCAAAUCAAAGGGUGUAGCUGGGGUAGGGGGAUCUGCAGCUGGUCUCCUGCAGAAUCCACUGAUGAAGAAGGAACAGAAGCGCAAUGACACGUGCGAAUACUGCGGGAAGAUCUUCAAGAACUGCAGCAAUCUCACUGUUCACCGUCGCAGUCAUACAGGUGAGAAGCCCUAUAAGUGUGAGCUGUGCUCCUAUGCGUGCGCACAGAGCUCCAAGCUGACCCGCCACAUGAAGACACACGGACGCAUGGGGAAGGAUGUGUACCGCUGUCGAUUCUGUGAUAUGCCGUUCAGUGUGCCGUCGACACUUGAGAAGCACAUGCGGAAGUGCGUUGUGAAUCAAGGCAAGCAGCAAGCGGCGAGUCUAGGUGCACCACCGGGUGGUCAUCUUGGCCCCAUGCCCGCCGCCAUGCCCAUAAUUGCCGCCGAUGAUGAGGGUAGUAUGUCGAUGCCUAAAACAGAGGCGGCAUGACUCUUCCCGCCGUCCUGGGCUGCCGCCGCUGCUGCAUACCAACUACCACCGGCAAGGCUCAUGUCGCGCAUCUUCUAGUCACGCUCCACCGCCGGCCAGCACACAUGUCCACGCGGCGCCGCCUCGGCCCACUAUUACACCCCACACUUACACCAAAGCUGAUGCGAUCCCUAUUAUAUAAUUGUUUAGUUAAUUAAUGUUCAAAGUGCUGACAGAGAAGGAAAAUCCCAAUAGGAACACACCGGAAGAGUCCAGGAAGGGUUUUUUAUAGGAUAUUUUUCUUCUAAGUUUUUUUGUCUGUUUUAUUAAUUUUUUUUAAUGUAAGAACUAUUAUUUAAUUUGAUUUAUUCUUAAGACCAAUAUUUUAAUCUAUCAAACAUGCACACUCGAAUGCAGAAGACCAAAAAUAAAUAAAUAAAAAUAAGACAUAAAUCGGAAAUGAAAAAAUCCGUAAUGUUUGUAUACUACUUACAUAAAUUAAAGUACACCAAAAAUUAUGCACCAUGUGUUCGAAAUUUUCUGCAAGCGAGUGUGUCCCCGGGGAAACUUCCUCGCGCAUCGUGCGAAAGUUUCCCCCUCGAAAUGGAUGAUCCAGAAGAAUCCCAAUAAUUUAAUGUAUAUAAUAAAUACAUUCAUUUGCAUGUGAGAGAGAAAAAAUCUCCAAAUUGAUCUUCUUUUUUCCGAAUAUCAAGACUGAUGAAUUAGAAUUCCUUGUUGAUGAACACUUCUCCCACAAAAAGGGAGACUGAAUGAGAAUGUUUUGGACGAAACAUAAUUUUUUCUUCUUUGUGAAUCAAUAAAAGAAAUUAAAAUCUGUGACGAAAUUUGUUAUUUUUUUGUAUCUAUUUUAUAGAUGAAAUUUUGAUCAAAAUUCAUCAAAGUUUUUCUAAUUUUCUAAAAGAAAAACUUCGAUGAAAGAAAAUUUCACUAUUUUAGUCCACAAAAAAUCCAUUAAAAACUAUUUGAAUAUUGAUAUGAAAUUAAUGGAUAAGGGAUGGAACAACUUUGUGUCUUUUCUUCUGAAGCAUUUUUGAAGUCUGAUGAGUUGUGUCUUUUGUUUGUGAAAUUAUUAUUUUUUACAUAUUUAUGUAUGUUGCCCGUUUAGAAAUUUUAGUUUCAUUUUCCUUUCAAUUUGAGGUAAAAUCAUUACCUUUCAAUGAAACUUUAAUUACUAAUGGACAUCCUACAUGUUAAUUUUAUUAUUUUCUUCUUUUAUUAUUGAAUUUUUCUUUAAAAAUUUCUUUUUUAUGUACAUUUUACACAAAAACAUAGAAAAAAAAAUCUAUUUGCAUUUUGAAGACGACAUGGACCAUAUCCAAAAAUAUUAGAAAAAAAAACUCAUAACUACAAAUUCUUCAAUGUAGUUUUGUGGUGAGGAACAGAAUGUAGUAUUAUAGUCGCAUUUGAAAAGGCAACCUUUAAAAAAAAACACAAAGAAAAUUGAAACUAAAUUAAAAACUCGCAUUUUUGAUGAUAAAAUUAAUGAAAAAUUAUGAGAAAUUCUACAAGUAAUUAAUUAAAAGUAUGUUAUAAAUAAAUGAAUUAUCACUAAAUUUACUGUAAGAAGUGAAAAAGUUAGAAUAGUGACGAAAAAUAAUAUGAAUGUACAAAAAUUCAAUAUUUGAAGAAAAAAUACAAUUAUUUCACUAAAAAAAAGUAAAGAAAAAAGUAUUAAUUGUGGGUGGUUCGUGUGGAUAACCACCCAAAAAGAUUUAAGAAAAAACAAAUAUUCCUAUUAAUUGUAACAAUGAAAGUAUAAUACAAAAAAAUCUUGAUAAAACAUUUGUAAAUGUUCACGAUGCAAUUAUAGAGAAGAAAAAAAUUUCUAAAGAAAAUUCAAUGUAGAAUAAUGAAGAAAAAAACUUGUAUCAAAAAAUUUUCAGUGUUCUUUUUGCAGCAUAAUAGCUCUUAAAUCAAUGGAAUAAUUUCACAAAUGAAACGCUAAUACCAACAAACUUCUUUCUUUCUCCCAUUCCCAAUUGUAAGAGAAAAAAAUCUCCAAAACUAUCUUCUAUUUAUCGCAUUACAUUCACAUAAUAAAUAAUAAAAAAACAAACUUUUAAUCUUUGUUUUUAUUCAAUCAAAUAAAAUUCGUAUAAAUGUCCUUUUUAUUCUUGGCAAAAAAGCUCAUAAAAGUUCAUAAUGAAUGGUAAUAGGAUUAAAAGUAAAAAAAAAAUACAAAAAAUAGAUAAAGAAAAAAAGAAACACUACAUCUGAACACAGGGUAUUUGACAUUAAUUAAGAAAUAGAGAACUAUUACAAAAAAAGUGAAAAUAAAUAAAUGAAAAAGAAGAAUAAGAAAUCACACACAACACGUAAAAGAAUUCAAUUUAUUCUGUCGGAUUUUAAGGAAAAAAUAAAGAAACACUAAAAUUUUUUUUUCUUUCAUGAAAAUUUAAAAUACAACAAAAUAUUCAUCUCUUAUUCUUUGUCAAUUAGUAAUUCAUUCGUUCCAAUUCCAUAUGAAAAGCAGUAUAAGUAAAAAAAAACUUGAUCCCACUUUAUAACCUUAUCGUUAGAAAUCAAGACAUAAUUUACUAAUUUUUUUUCACUCCGGUUACAAAUGAAAAAACCUUAGAAAAAGAUAGUGUGCGAGAAGUGGAAGAAAACUGAAAGAAAAUCCAACUUACAGAAAAACCUAUAGUAGACCUUAAUAGAAAAGUAUAUUUAAGAUUCACUUUUAAAUUAUUUAUAUAUAAAAUAUAUAUUACAAAUAGAUCCAAAUUGAAUUACUAUCUUUAAUAAGGACGUAUUUAAGAUGAUGAGUAAUGAAAUCACAUUUGCAAAUAAGAGCAAGAUGAAAUCUAUUAAAUGUAACUUAUUGAAUGUUUUCAAAUACGAAAAUUCAUGAAGCAAAAAAAAUCAACGCAAAAAUUGUAUAAAUGUAAACGGUGAGAAGUAAAAGAAUCACAUAAAUGCAAACAUGAAAAAGAGAGAUUGUUUCAUUAAAAAAAAUAUACUGAGAAAAAGUGAAAAA